GGCCAGUCCAUCACCUUUUCCCCACAUUCUUUAGCAAGGCAGUGGUUGUCUUGGAGGAGUGUUUGGAGUCAUUUUCAUCUAUAUGUAGAGCAGUGUUUCUCAACUCCAGUCCUCAUGGACCCCCAACAGGUCAUGUUUUCAGGAUUUCCCUCAGAUGAAACAGCUGUGGUAAUUACUAAGGCAGUGAAACUGAUCAAAUCACCUGUGCAAAAUAAUGGAAAUCCUGAAAACAUGACCUGUUGGGGGUCCAUGAGGACUGGAAUUGAGAAACACUGACGUAGAGCAACAAUUAUUUUUUUUCAUGUCCUUAGAGUUCUUUGCCAUGAGUGACCAGUAUGAGAGAGUGAAAGCGAUAACACCAAA